AUGACGACUCUCGAGCAGAACCCCGCAGACGAACUGGUCGAUUAUGAGGAAGAUGAGCAAAAUGACGCCAAGGAGAAGGGAGUCGAGGACGUCGUUGUCGGUCGCGGAAACUACGUGUCCAUCCAUGCGUCUGGCUUCAGAGACUUCUUCUUGAAGCCCGAGCUGCUGCGUGCCAUUGGCGACGCAGGCUUUGAGCACCCGUCCGAGGUCCAGCAUGAAACCAUUCCCCACGCUAUCACAGGCGUCGACGUCCUCUGCCAGGCCAAAUCAGGAAUGGGGAAGACCGCCGUCUUCGUGCUGAGUAUCCUCCAGCAGCUCAACGUGGACGCGAGCGGAGAGGAGGGCAACACGCAAGGCGUUGUGUGCCUGGGCAUCGCCCACACCCGCGAGUUGGCUUUCCAGAUAAAGAAUGAGUUCGAUCGCUUCAGCAAGUACCUGAAGAAUGUCAAAUGCGAGGUGGUUUACGGCGGCAUCAGCAUCCAGAAGAACAUCGACAUGCUGAAGGACUCCAAGACCACGCCGCACAUCCUCAUCGGUACCCCCGGGCGCGUCCUUGCUCUGAUCAAGGGAAAGCACCUGAACGCAGAGAAGGUCGCGCACUUCGUGCUGGAUGAGUGCGACAAGUGCCUGGAGAAGCUCGACAUGCGCAAGGAUGUGCAAAACAUCUUCAUGGCGACCCCGAAGAAGAAGCAGGUCAUGUUCUUCUCUGCCACAAUGAACAAGGAAAUCCGCGAUGUCUGCAAGCGGUUCAUGCAGAGCCCCGUCGAGGUGUUCAUCGACGACGAGAGCAAGCUGACUCUCCACGGUCUGCUGCAGUACUACGUCAAGCUCCAGGAGUCUGAGAAGAACAGGAAGUUGAACGACCUGCUCGAUACCCUGGAGUUUAACCAGGUCAUAAUUUUCGUCAAGAGUGUCUCUCGCGCGCAGGCUCUGGACCGCCUCCUCACGGAGUGCAACUUCCCGUCGAUCGCCAUCCAUGCCGGCUUGGACCAGGAGGAGCGUAUCAAUCGCUACCAGCAGUUCAAGAACUUCGAGAAGAGAAUCAUGGUUGCCACAGACCUGUUCGGCCGUGGUAUCGAUAUCGAGCGUGUGAACAUUGUCAUCAACUACGACAUGCCUGACUCCAGCGACUCGUACCUUCACCGCGUCGGUCGCGCCGGUCGUUUCGGAACCAAGGGUUUGGCCAUCACCUUUGUGGCUAGCCAGGAUGACACCAACGUCUUGAAUGACGUCCAGACGCGCUUCGAGGUUCACAUCGCUGAAAUGCCCCAGAGCAUCGACGCCUCUCAGUACAUCAACCAGUAG